AUGAAAAAUUUACCUGAAGAAGCUCUCUUUCCUUUUUUUCUUUUUUUUCAUUUCCCUCUCUAUUUCAUUACUCUUUUGUUCUCUCUCUAUCCCACUUCUUUACUUCCUUCACGCUCUCUUUCGUCUUACCUUGUUCUUUUUCUUUUGCCUUUCCUUUACAAUAUUAUCUCACGCUCUGUGUCUCUCUUAUCUACUUCCUUCUCACACACUCUACUUCUUACACUUUUUUCCUUUCCCUACCUUUUCCCCACCUAUUCCUUACUCAGUCUCUUUAUCUCAUAUUCUCAACUUACCACUCUCUUUAACUUCCUAUAUCCUAACUCUCUUUACCUCCACUACAUCCUUCUCUCUUUCCUUUCUUUCCCCACUAUCUACGUGUCUUUAUUUUUCUCUCUUUCUUCUUACUUCCUUUCUUCACUUUCUUUCUCUCUCUCUCUCUCACCAACUUCUCUGUCACUUUUUCCUACUCUUUCUCUUUGUCUGUCUGUCUGUCUGUCUCUCUGUCUCUCUUCUCUUCUUUCCUUUCUUCACUUUCUGUCUGUCUGUCUCUCUGUCUUUUUCUGUCUGUCUGUCUGUCUCUCUCUCUCUUCCUUUCUUCACUUUCUCUCUCUCUCUCUCACCAACUUCUCACGGACUCAAUUUCUCUGUCCCUUUUUCCUACUCUCUCUCUCUCUCUCUCUCUCUCUCUUUCCUUCGAUUUCUUACCAGCCUUGUCGGAGAAACAGCGAAUGCAUGCGGAGUUAUAAUCCAAAAAAAAAGGUAAAUGCUCUUCUUCUUCUUCUUCUUCUUCUUCUUCUUCUUCUUCUUCUAUAUUUCUCUCUCUCUCUCUCUCUCUCUCUCUCUCUCUCUCUCUCGCACACACACACACACACACUCACACGUUGGUCUUUUUAG